AUGCCCCGACCGCUCUUACCUCCAGUUGCGCCUCAGCAUGCCGGCCGAAAAUGUCUGGUCCUUGACUUGGACGAGACCCUCGUUCACAGUAGUUUCAAGUCGAUACAGCAGGCGGACUACGUCGUGCCGGUGGAAAUCGAGUAUCACCUGCACAACGUCUAUGUGAUCAAGCGGCCAGGCGUGGACGCCUUCUUGAAGAAGAUGGGCGAAAUUUACGAGAUCGUCGUCUUUACUGCCAGUUUAAGCAAGUACGCCGAUCCUGUACUUGAUAAAUUGGACGUUCACAGAGUAGUGACGCAUCGCUUGUUCCGAGAAAGCUGCUAUAACCAUCGGGGCAGCUACGUGAAGGAUCUGUCACAGCUCGGGCGGCCUAUAGCAGACACCAUUAUCCUCGACAAUUCUCCGGCAUCGUACAUCUUCCACCCAAACAACGCCGUGCCUGUGUCAUCUUGGUUCAACGACCCCCAUGACACCGAACUGACCGACCUGUGCCCCUUCCUGGCGGAUCUUGCCACCGUAGACGAUGUGCGGGGAGUGCUAGAUGGCGGAAUAUGA